AUGUCUACCUCGGCCCAGAGCGGGCCUUAUUCACUGGAUUUACAUAAGGCUCCCAUCAGCCGGCCCACUCAUUACCACGUUUUAUAUCCCCCUGCAUGCACUCAAGCAUCAUGACAAAGUAGCUCCAUCCUCCCCUCCAACAGGGAAGUGAAGCAGCUUCUCGGAGCAGGUGUCAGGAGCCGCAAACUCACACAACACUGGAGCAGAGAGGAACUUUAUUUUGUAGCUUUAUUUUUUUUGUAAUAUCCCACUUUAACCUCCCCUUUUCACUCUGCUGCAGCGCGCUCACAGCAGGCCUAUGUUGUGUUUUUAAUGUUCUCUAAAAUGGUAUCCAAGCUGACAUCCCUGCAGCACGAGCUCCUCAGCGCCCUGCUGGACUCGGGAGUAACCAGAGAUGUUCUGAUCCAGGCCCUGGAUGAUUUGGACCCCAGCCCGCCGGGCUUCGGAGUAAAACUGGAGAACCUGCCCAUUUCCCCAGCUCCUCCGCAGAGCGGCAAGAUGAGCGGGACGGACUCCGACUCCAAGCCCGUCUUCCACACGCUCACCAACGGACACAGCAAGGGCAAACUGUCCGGGGACGAGGGCUCCGACGACGGGGACGACUUCGACACCCCGCCGAUCCUAAAGGAGCUCCAGUCGCUCAACACCGAGGAGGCUGCGGAGCAGAGGGCCGAGUUGGAUCGCAUGUUGGCAGAGGAUCCAUGGCGUGCUGCCCGCAUGAUCAAAGGUUACAUGCAGCAGCACAACAUCCCCCAACGGGAGGUUGUGGACGUCACAGGGCUCAACCAGUCUCACCUCUCCCAGCACCUCAACAAAGGCACGCCCAUGAAAACAACGAAGCGAGCCGCCCUCUACACCUGGUAUGUCAGGAAACAGCGGGAAAUUCUCCAACAGUUCAACCAGGCAGUGCACAGCUCUGGCUGCAACAUGACAGAUAAAGACAAUCAGGAUCCGAUGUUUUUUUUCCCAGAGUACAACCCGUCUGGUCAGGGCAUGGGUCAGACUGGUGAAGAGGUCGGAAGCGAACCCUCCUGUAAGAAAAUGAGACGUAAUCGUUUCAAGUGGGGGCCUGCGUCCCAGCAAAUCCUGUACCAGGCCUACGAACGGCAGAAGAACCCCAGCAAGGAGGAGCGGGAAGCUUUAGUAGAAGAGUGCAACAGAGCUGAGUGUCUUCAGAGAGGCGUCUCCCCCUCCAAAGCUCAGGGCCUCGGCUCAAAUCUGGUCACUGAAGUGCGAGUCUACAACUGGUUCGCCAACCGGCGUAAAGAGGAAGCCUUCAGGCAGAAGUUGGCCAUGGACUCCAUCACCUUACCGUCCCACAGCAUGAACUCUCUGCUGUCACACAGCUCGCCACAUCAUCCCCACAACAGCGCUUCACCUCCCAUGCGUUACAGCCAAGGCCCCGGUGAGGUCACCUCCUCCACGACCAUCAGUCACCACAGCAGCAACGGGAUGGCCACCAGCCAAUCGGUGCUCCAGCAGGUGUCUCCAGGAGGACUGGACCACAGCCACAGUCUGCUGUCACCUGACGCCAAGAUGAUUUCUGGUUCAGGUGGAGGACUUCCUCCAGUCAGCACACUGACCAACAUCCACAGUUCCCAUCACAGCCACCACCAGAACCUCAUCAUGCCUCUAUCUGGAGUCAUGGCCAUAGCACAGAGUUUGAACACAUCACAGUCUCAGUCGGUGCCAGUGAUCAACAGUGUGGCGGGAAGCCUGGCAGCGCUGCAGCCGGUGCAGUUUUCCCAGCAGCUCCACAGCCCCCACCAACAGAGCCUGAUGCAGCAUUCCCCCAGCCACAUGAGCCAGCAGCCGUUCAUGUCUGUCACUCACUCACACAUGUAUUCUCACAAGCAAGAGCCCCCACAAUAUUCCCACCCGUCACGUUUCCCCUCGGCCAUGGUGGUCACAGACGGCAACAGCCUCAGCGCCCUCAGCUCCAUGUCAGGCAAAACGGAUGGUGCUGUAAACAAGAUGGUGCAACUCGGGGGUCUUUCCUGGUGUCCUCUUCAAGCUUGGUGAGAGCGUCCACCUGACUUCCCCGGUGCCCGGCAACGGAGGCACAUUUUUCCACCCUCUCACCACAGUAACCAUGACAACUCUUAAUAACCGGCAACGGCGCGCUGGAUGAUGAGUCAGUCAACAAAACCAAAGGAGAGGCAGCGGGCCAGACGGUGAAAAUGAGAAAUGGGGACAGAGAGGGAGAAAAACAAAAAAACUCACCUGAAAAGUGAAGAGACUUGCUUCACCUCCAUCGCACACAAAUGAUAAACAGGAUGAUUUUAAACACAAUCUUUGAAAACAGUAUUCAGUUUUUCUUAUGCCCCCGAUCACCCUCUUUUCUGACAUUGCAAAGGAACAAAAAUCAAGCACCCAAAAAGCACUCAAAAACUGUUUAAGUGGUGCAGACUUAAACGAAGGCUCUGGGACCACUUAAAUUACACUGUGAUUUAAGGUGGAAAUAUCGAGGCACCCUGCAACUAACAGAGACAGUGAUCAGCCUCUGUGAAGGCUGAAAGACUCAAGUUCCUGGAGGCCUUCACAAACAGCCCUGCACGUGAGCAGAUUUGUGUGACAAUCACAAUAACCCUGUAUUGAUUUUGUAUGCAUGCAUUAGACAUUUUUACUGGUCUUUAAAAGGAGUCUUCCAUAUUUUUCCUCUACACUCAGUUAGUGCAGGCGAUGAAUGCAGAGGGAUUCAUCAUUUCAAGUUGUUCAAGUUGUUUAUACUGUGAUUGAAAAGACUGACAAUCUUGAAAGGACUAUGCAAUGUGUCAAUCGGUGUAAGAAAUGCUUUGGAUAACUGGAUUCUGCACAGAACUCGACACACUUGAGACUGGAAAUGAAUAUGCACUAUCAGUGAAGUCACCAACAAUUGCAUAUAUACAUUAUAUAAUUAUAUAUAUAUAGGCCUACUGGAGUUGCUGUUGAUAAAGCUGCCUGUAAACUAACACAAGAGCAGAUGGAUGAGUGUGUGUGUGUGUGUGUGUGUGUGUGUGUGUGUGUGUGUGUGUGUGUGUGUGUGUGUGUGUGUGUGUGUGUGUGUGUGUGUGCGUGUGUGCGUGCGUGCGUGCGUGCGUGCGUGCGUGCGUGUGUGUGUGACAAAUAUGCCAAAGAAUAAGAGUCAACUUCAAUGUACGCAGGGAGGACUGACUCACACACUUCAACUGUGGCCCUUCCCCUCCCUGUUGUUUGCACACAGGUUCAGGUGAAUUUCAGGAAUGGGACUCUCCCUCCUCCUCUUUCUUCUUCUCCCACUUCCUGCCUUAAUGUGAAGAGAUACCAAAUAGGACAAACAUUGUUAAUAACUCCUUAUCAUAAAUCAUGCCGGCAGGAACCCCCCAGAGUCAUGAUGAAAAUAUUGACAAGUAUUCAGAAACAAAACAAGUUGUGUACGUCUGGUAUUUUGUGAAGGAGAGGGACAUGAAAGUGGGCAGUGUUGUGACAGCAGCUGCUCUAAUCAUCCAGGAAUCCAAAGAGGCUGAGAAAUGUUGGGGAGAGGAGCAGCUGCUGUGGGUACAGACGCCCAUGCUCACACUACCAAGGUGUGUUCGGGCAGAAGCAAACUUUAUUUGCCCAAAUGUGUCCGUUGGAGCCUGUGUUUGUUCGCCCCCAACUAUUAGUACUGUUAGGCAAACUCCCUUCUCUCCAUUGACUUUGUAUGGAAAGUUUGUCCCAACACACAGUUUCAGUUUCGGUUUGCUUGACAACGAUGGGAAAGGUUGACAUGGGGACCAAAUUAUGCAUCAGGAAUUAUUUUUAAUUACACACUUUUCCAACCCUGCAAAUCAUUAGUGGGUCAGAUCCAGUCUCCUGUUCAAUAUUAGGUCAUUACAUUUGUUAUUAUUAUGUUGGUUGGUGUGUGACUGUUAUUAUAGGCACACCUACUGCCAUCUGAUCAGAGGGCACUCAUACUUGUGCAGGAUGUGAUUUUUUUUCUCCUAAUGUAUUAUUUUUGUAUAAAAUGGAAUCAAUCAUAAAUCAUUAUUUAUACUUUCUGAGAAAAUGUUGAUAUUUCAAGUAAAAGUUGUUUUUUUCAAAAUGAA